CCACCCUGUAGAUAAAGAAAAUUCUAGGUUAGGUUCAUGGUUAGGUUGUGGAAAUUAAAUUUGUAUUAUUCCUUAUUUGCUAACUUUAAACGACAGACCCAGACAAUGAGAAAGUCAACUUUCAAAAAGGGAAAGCCUGGAAAGGCUGUCGGUAAACCGAAAGUCUCGCAGACCAAAAUUAAUUUCAAGGUGUUAGAACCGCCUACGAAAAGUGCAAAUGACAAAAAGGAUUAUAAAGUGAUACAGUUGCAAAACGGCUUAACUGCAUGCUUAAUAUCUGACGUGAUGGGAGACGACGAUUCUGAUUCCUCUGACGAUAGCGGCUCAGAAACAGAUGAGACUGUGACUACCGAAUCGGAGGUGGAUAGCGAUUCGUCGGACAGUGAGGCGGGUACCAAAUCAAAAUCUUCGGACAGAGAAACAAAAAUGGCGGGCGCGGCUUUGUGCGUGGGAGUCGGAAGUAUGAGUGAUCCCAGGGAGAUUCCGGGUCUGGCACAUUUCUUAGAGCACAUGGUCUUCAUGGGAAGUGAAAAAUAUCCCGAAGAGAAUGAUUUCGAUUCGUUCAUCAGUAAACACGGUGGUUUCAAUAACGCAUCAACCGAUUAUGAAGUAACAACCUUUCACUUUGAAUGUUUCGAAAAACAUCUGCCAACCGCACUACAUAAGUUGGCACAAUUUUUUAUCUCGCCACUCAUGAAACGAGAUUCGAUGACUCGCGAACGGGAGGCUGUCGAAUCGGAGUUUCAGCUUGCUGUCCCUUCGGAUGAUUUUCGAAAGGAGCAGUUGAUAGUUAGUAUGGCUCAGGAUUCCUCACCAGUCAAUUCGUUUUCGUGGGGCAACCUUAUCACAUUGAAAGACAAUGUAAGCGAUGACCGGUUGUACGAAAUGCUGCAUGAAUUUCGUAAGCGACACUACUCGGCGCAUCGCAUGACUGUUGCGAUACAGGCUAGGUUGCCGAUUGCUACAUUGGAAAAGUUGCUUGUCGAUUGUUUUUCGCCUAUUCCCAACAAUGGGUUACCACCUGACGAUUUUAAAACGUUGAUUGGUGAUACAUUCGAUACUCCCAAAUUUCGUCAGUUGUAUUACGUAAAACCGGUAAAGGAUAUUUGUCAGGUGGACUUAACGUUUUAUUUACCCUCAUUAAUACGUUUGUAUCGUGUUAAACCUCAUGUCUACCUGUCAUGGAUAUUGGGUUAUGAAGGCAAAAAUAGCUUGUAUUCGUACCUGAAGAAGAAGGUCUGGGUACUCUCCUUAAGCGCAGCUAACGAGGAAUCGGGCGCGGAAUAUAAUUCGAUAUAUGCAACAUUUACGAUCAGUUUAGUGCUGACCAGAGAAGGUUUUAGCAAUAUAAAGGAUGUUGUUGAAUCUGUUUUUUCCUACAUAAAUUUAUUAAAAAUUAAUGGACCAAGUGAGAGAAUCUUUAGAGAAAUGCAGUCGAUUGGCGAAACUUCGUUUAGGUUCGAAGAGGAAGAGACCGCUGCUGAUAAUGUUGAAGAUUUAGUCGAGCAUAUGCAAUAUUUUCCUUCGAAAGACUAUUUAACGGGAGAUACUUUGGUAUUUGAUUAUGACCCUGAUGCUAUAACCAUGGUACUAAACAAUUUGGUUCCAACCAAAAUGAAUGUGAUGAUCAGUUCCGCUGAUGUUCCAACGAAUAUUGUAUACGAUCAAAUCGAACCAUGGUUCAAAACUCAAUACAAAGCCAUAGAUAUCCCCUCCGAUUGGUUGGAAUGUUGGAAAAACGCAAAGCCCUUACCAGAAUUCAGCCUACCCGGCCCCAACCCUUUCGUAACGACCGAUUUCUCCAUCUUACCCAAACAGAAAAACUUAUCCAAGUAUCCGGAGAAGGUAUUGGACUCACCCUUGAUUGAAUUAUGGUAUCGGAAGGAUGAUAAAUUUGAACUCCCGUUAGCUUACUACUAUUACUAUUUGAUCUCGCCUUUAGCGUUGAAGUCGGCAGCAAGUACUUGUAUGAUGGAAAUGUACGCAAUUUUGGUGCAAAUGAAUUUUGCAGAAGAAGGAUAUGAUGCCUUGUUAGCCGACUUAGAAUUUGAGAUUAUUGCGGGCGAGAAAGGACUCGCCAUUAAAAUCUCGGGGUACAAUGAAAAAUUAAACUUACUUAUAGAACUGGUGGGAAAGUGCUUGAAAAACGUAUCUCAAACUUUCUCAGAACCCCUGUUCGAUGCCAUAAAGGAAAAGUUGAGGAAAUCGUAUUACAAUGCGAUUAUAAAACCAUCGAAACUAUGCAAAGAUCUUCGUUUAAGUGUUCUGCAACAAAAUUACUUCUCACACGCGGAAAAACAUCGAGCAACAUUCGCUAUUACUUACGACCAAAUGAGGCAGUUCAGUGAUGAUGUGUUGAAAAAUCUUUAUGUUCAAGGACUUGUGCAGGGCAAUGUCACCAGUGCAACCGCUUUAGAUGCAACAAAGUCACUUUUAUGCAGUAUAAAUCCAAGCCCACUAGGCGAAGCUGACCGUCCCAAGAUUAUCAUAAAUGAAUUGCCACUCGGAGAGCACUGCUGCAGAAUUGAAUCGAUCAAUGAAGAUAAUUCGAAUUCGGUCAUUACAAACUACUACCAGUGUGGCAUAUCGCACAUUAAAAACACUGUUAUCCUCGAGUUAAUACUGCUUUUAGUUGAGGAGCCACUGUUUGACACUCUGCGCACAAAGGAACAGCUAGGCUACAAAGUUGACUGCUCACUUCGCGACACUUAUGGCAUUUUAGGAUACACGGUCAGCGUGAGCACCCAAGCGAAUAAGUAUACGACACAGCAUGUCGACGCAAGAAUCGAGAAUUACUUGGAACAGAGUCAAGGUGUCGUGAUGACAUUGUCGGAAAAAAAGUUCCAACGAGCCAAAAAGGACUUAAUUAAGGUUAAGCAGUGUGUCGAUGUCGACUUAGAGGAUGAGAUUGAUAGAAAUUGGGACGAGAUAGUGAAUUGCAAGUACAAGUUUAACAGGCUGUUGUUGGAGAUAAAGGCGAUUGAAAGUUUAAAAAUGCAGGAGGUGAAGAAUUUUUGGAAAACUCAUAAUAUGGGGCAGCAGGGUACGCACAAGAAACUGAGCAUGCAGGUUGUAGGUCACCCACCAAAAGUUGUUCAGGAUGCGACGGAUGAUCCAAAGGAGGUUUCACCUUUGAAAGUUGGGAAAAUUCGAGCGCAUGGUAAAGCACACCAUAGCAAAUCACCUUUAAAUACGUUCAGCGAGGACACCAACUGUGAUACAAGUGCCAGCAAUUUAUCAAUAAAGUACCUACAAGACCUGACUGAAAUUGCUGGAAAUAGAACAGAGUCUUACUUUAUUGAAGACAUUGAAAGUUUUAAAAAAUCUCUAAAACCAUUUCAAUAAUCCAGUUUAUAGUGUAAUUUAAUAUGUUGAAAUAAAUGCGUUUUUGUAACUGAUUCAAAGUGUCUGUAUUUGCAAGGUUUUUUUGUUUAUGAUAUAUAUUAUUUAUUAUC